AGGGUAAACUGCCGGAGGAAACCGCAAGGGUAUCGAGAACAAAAUUAAUCCUACAGCAAUCAUGCUCCGAUUUCUCCCCCACUCCCUGAACGCUCCAUCGACGGUGUUCCCUCGUCUAUUCACCCGCCUUCGCCGAUCAAAUUCCAACAGCUCCGGCGGUGGAGAAGAUGACGUCCCACUCCCACACCUCAUUGAGAUUGACUUGGACUCCUCAACAACGGACCCGAAUUUCGCCGCCUCUUCGGAUCCCACCAUCGACAGGAUUCAUAAACUGGAUGAUGCCAUACACACGUUCAUCUUGCGCAGAUCUGCUCCAGAUUGGCUCCCUUUCAUCCCCGGAUCCUCAUACUGGGUCCCUCCUCGCCAUUUCACUGCACCCCGGCCGCUCAACAUUGUUGAUGUGAUCCGCAAGAUCUCAGCUGCUAAAACAAAUCGUCCUUCUCUUUCUGAGGAUGAAUUGAUGGCUUCCUUCUCCUCAGUGGGCUGGCCUUCCUUCGAUUUUUUCUUUCCAGGGAGUCGCUCCCCACAUCCUGUCACAUUACAAGUGAUGGAAGUGAAAGUGAAGAUUCAGGAAAACUCUGAUGAUGAAUCUGAACGUGAGGCUAAUGAAGACUGAUCAACGUGUAUAUAUAAUCUGUCGAUAGGGCUUUGGGUGCGCGAAAGAUAUGGAACUGACAAGGGAGUACAAGUUUAGACUCUGUAGGAGCACAGAUCAAAGUCGGAUUGGACAAAUCCAGCUUGACCUAGUGGAUAGAUGUACCAUUAUUCUUAGUGUGGACGAAGAUGUAAAUGAAAUGUUUAAAUAAAUAUAUGCCAUAUCAAUUUGGCAACUUGAAGCUAUUAAUGUUAUUCUUAAAAUGCUUGAUACGUUAGACCAGAUUACUGAAUUAGAGCCUCUCUGGUCUGAGUUAUUAUUUCCACGCAUGGCAAGUAUAUGAAAACUAUAUGUUCAUAAAUGAAAACACAUCUUAC